AUGCGCCGUCAAAGUUUCACUUCCCGACGACUGACUCGGUGGAUUCGGCUCCGGUGUUGGCUGCCGCCGCCAGCCGAGCCGCUGCCCCCGCGGAGGCCCCACGGGAGCCGGGCCCCCCUCGCCGGCCGCCCCCGCGGGAGCCGGGCCCCCCUCGCCGGCCGCCCCCCCGGGCCGAGGCUCUCGGCUGCGGCUCGUCGUGGGCCGGCACUCGCCGCUCUCCCGGCGCCGCUUCCCCGGCAGAGCAAAGAGCUGGGAGAGGAAAGGAGCGGAGGAGGUGGUGGCUCUGGAAGAGGGAAGCCAUUCACGUCCGGGCGCAGCGAGAGGCCGGCGCUGCCCCGCUCGCACCGUCCCUGCGCCUCCCGCUUCCUGCAGGAAUUAUCUCUGCUCUCCCGUUGCCAGGAAUUCAAUUCCAACUGGGACGAAGCCUCAAGACAGGAUAUAAACAGGAAAAGUGGCCCGCAUGACGCCACGGGGCUCCGGGCUCGCGGGGGACGGCUCCUGCGCCGCGUGGCCCCCGGCCCCGGCGGUGCCCGGCCCCGCAUGAGCGCGGCCUCGGAAACCCAGCCGCGGGCAAGCGCUGCGCCCAUUUCCCAGCUGGGCAAGCGGGGGCACGGCAAGGGGCCAAUUUUUCGGGGGGCUCCCGGCUCCCCAGAGACGGUGCUGAGCGGGGAACACAUGCACGCACGCGCGCCAGCGAGCCCGUCCUGCGGGCCCUCGCCUGCUGCUCCCCGCGUCGGGCAAGACAGGGUGACGCGGGCGAGGGGACGCGCUCGACCCAGCGCGUCGCUUCUGCUGAGCGGGACUGAGACACCUGCAAGCUCAGCCGGGGCCGUUUCGCAGCGGGGGGAGGAAGCUCGCACGUGGGGGGCACAGGCGAGCUGGGCUGGUGUCGACAGCAGGUUUCGGGUUGCACCUUGCGAACGCGGGGCAGGAGCAGGAGGAAGCCGUGGCCGCUGGUAAAGCUGUGGCCGCUGGUAAAGCCGUGCCGGCGAGCGGGGAGGGGAAGCGGGAGGCAGCCGCAGCCCCCCGGGGCGACCUUGCCCUCCGCGCGGGAACGCGCUGCCUCGGCGGGAAGCGGCCGUGCAGGAUCACGCUCCUUGCGGCUCUUGCUGCCUCUCACAUCCCACAGAGGUUUCGCCGGCUUUCGAGUCCCAGUAACAAAUAUUUGGCCUCUUUCAAGUGGCAGGGAAGUUACUCGGGAACUGAGGCACAGGGCGGCAAAGCCUUGCAGCGGCUGCUGGUCUCCCUUCCCCGUGCACCCUGUGAUGCCGCCACGGGGAAAGGCCGUGGGCUGCUGCCGGGCCCUGCGCCCCGGGCAGCCCCGCUUGGCUACGCGGCCCCGCCGAGCCCCACCGGCUCUGGAGCUCGCUGCCCGCCCUGGCACCCCCGUGCCACCGGGCUAGAGGUGCCCACGCUUCCCACCAGGCGAUUGGCACCCGCAGCGCGCAAGGUCCGUCGGAGGCAGAGCCGAGUACCUGCGUGCUCGUGGUUUGCUCGACCGCAGGGAAGGCCGCUGGAGAGGUGGGAAUAAAAUGCAGUAUUGCCCUCACCCCCGCUCCAUGCCCCGUCCCUUGGGCGAGCUUUGACUAGCUCACGGCUCUGUCAAAGGAGUUUGAAAAUACAACGCAGGAGACCUGUGUGGUUUGGGAGGUGGAAACCAGGCUAUAAAAAUAUCUAGUCCUCCCUCAAGGGCAAAACAAGACCUGUUUGCUCCAGAAGCAGCACGUGCUCCCUGAAACUCAGCCCAGGUGAGCCCGUGAUGGGAGCCAGGCUUCCGCUCAGCCUGGCUGGAGGUUGCCAGAAGUUCAACGCGUUUUGCGUUUCAGGUUUGUAACGAAGCCCGCAGGCUCGCGGGGCUGGGGGUGCUCGUGGGCGCUGCGUGCAGGGACGCUGCCCAUCGCCUCUGCUGGGCUUCUGCUAAGGAUGAACCUGCAAGGAGUUUUUGUUGGUCCAAUACCGCCGCCAUGGCCCGGAUCGGGAAGCGAGCUCCGUGGGAGCAGGGCUAGUCGGUAUUUCAGUGAAACACCCCGGGCGGCAUCGAAGCCUUUGCAGCACAAGGGACCCCGAGUAGGAAGCAGGAACGCAUUUGAGCGAGGAAACGGUGAGAAUGCUAUUUAUUUGCAGAGUUUUGUUUCCAUUAAUUCCAGCACCAGCCAAACCCUUCCUGCCAGCGUUGCGCUCGGAGCCGAGGCUUCUCGAAAGAAAAAGUUAGUGCAGGCUUUUUCCCGGCUGGUUUGGUUCUCCCCAAGGGUGGGGGAAAGCAAACCCGCCGAUCGUGUGGGUGCUCACUUCUGCAGGCGAGAGACGCCGAAUCCGGCACCCCAGCCCUCCCCUUCCCCCAAACGCCGGGGCUCCACGUCAGCUCCCGCAUCCUCAGCCGGCUCUAGCGAAAGAGCCUCAGCGAGAAACGGGGGCCGCCGCGAGCGGGGCGGCGAGGAGCAGAGGGCCACGCGGGAAAGGCAGCGGGUUCCCGCCGCUUCCUCUGCCCGGCUGCCGCUGACCGGCCGGCGUCCUCCCGGGCUCCCAGGCGUCCCGGGCAGGAAACAGGU